AUGGACGAGGUAUCGGAAAAAGGCAGUGCCACUGUGCAUGGCGAAAAGGAAACCGGGGCGCUGGCGAUAUACACGCGCAUCUUCUCCUACUCUGAAUCAGCAGAUUGGCUGCUCAACGCUGUAGGAUUAGUUGCUGCAAUAGGUUCCGGCGUCGCAUUAGCUAUGAUCGAAUUGCUUUUUGGCAACUUUGUCAACAUCAUUCAAGACUUCACAGCGAGCAGAAGCACUCCUCAGGAAUUUCGCCACGACAUCAGCAGCGCCACCCUGAAUUUCGUUUACGUCUUCGUCGGUCGCUUCGUUUGCAGCUACGUCUUCACGGUUUGCUUGACGAUAACUGGAACGCGCAUUACUCGAAACAUACGCCAGCACUUCCUCGAGGCGACUCUCUCACAAGACAUUGCAUAUUUCGAUGAGAACAAGGGAUCCGUCUCGGUCCGUGUCACCACAAACGGGAAUCUCAUUCAACAGGGCAUUUCCGAAAAACUCGGCCUUGUUAUCCAAGCGACCGCAACCUGCGUAGCAGCCAUAAUCGUCGCUCUUAUCACACAGUGGAAGUUGACGCUCAUUACAAUGACCAUUGCUCCGGUUAUUGUCAUUGUAGUCGGUAUUGCAAUAGGCAUUGACGCCAAGAUCGAGUCGGGAAUCUUGGACAUUUAUGGGCAGGCUGCAGCCCUUGCUGAAGAUGUUAUCUCCUCUGUAAGAAAUGUUCAAGCUUUUUGGAUGCGACCGCACCUUACAGCAAAGUAUGAUGGGUAUCUUGCAGAGGCGCACCGAAGAGGCAAGACCAAGUCGGCGCUUUGGGGUGUCUUAUACUGUACCGAAUUCUUCCUCAUCUAUGCUGGAUUCUCUCUCUGCUUCUGGCGUGGAGUUCACAUGUUCGCUGAGGGAGAAAUCGAUGGGCCUGGUACCAUUGUCACUGUUCUGUUCUCUGUCGUUAUCGCUUCUACAUCGCUCACACAAAUAUCGCCUUACUUUACUGCAUUCGCAAACGCCGCUUCCGCCGCUUCAGCUCUAUUCGACACUAUCGAUCGCCCAUCCCUGGUAAACCCCCUUGGCGAUAACGGAACAAAGCCCGAACAAGCCAUCGGCAACCUCGAAUUUUCACAUGUCGACUUUUCGUAUCCCACGAGACCAAAUGUCAGGGUCUUGAAACAAUUCUCCUUGACAUUCCCGGCCAAAAAGACAACUGCUUUGGUAGGCGCGAGUGGCAGUGGCAAGUCCACCGUUGUUGGUUUGUUGGAACGUUGGUAUAACCCAAAUGGGGGCACGAUCACACUCGACGGUCAUCGAAUAGAGUGUCUCAAUGUCAACUGGUUGAGGACUAGGAUGCGACUAGUGCAGCAGGAACCUGUUUUGUUUAAUGACACAGUAUUUGGAAAUGUCCGCAAUGGCUUGACGGGAACCAAGUGGGAGAACGCUCCACGGGAACAGCAGUUACUUCAAGUCAUCGAAGCCUGUAAACUGUCUAACGCUCAUGACUUUAUCUCGGAACUGCCAGAGGGCUACGACACACAUGUCGGUGAGAGGGCCGGUCUCUUGUCUGGCGGGCAAAAACAGCGUAUCGCCAUAGCCCGAGCCAUUGUUUCCGAUCCAGAAAUCCUCCUCCUGGACGAAGCCACCAGCGCACUUGACCCCCAUUCCGAAACAAUUGUCCAACACGCUCUUGAUCGGGCAGCCGCUAAUCGUACAACCAUCGUAAUUGCCCACAAACUUGCUACCGUCAAGAAUGCGCAUAACAUUGUCGUCAUGUCCAAGGGUGAAGUCAUCGAGCAAGGCAACCAUCAACAUUUGCUUGCAAAAGAUGGUGCCUACGCCCGACUCGUUCAAGCACAGGGUCUUGAGGCCAAAACUCAACCUGGGCUUCUCGAAAACUCGUCUGGAAGUGAAUCAGAAAACGACCUGGUUGAGACUGUGAGCUCGAACGAGGUUGCGCAUGUCGCGGAACAGCAAUCAGGCCUCGAUUACAGCCAUUUCAAAGAGCACGGCAUGUUUUGGGUCGUAGGAAAAAUUCUCGGAGAACAGCGGACCCUUUGGCCUUUAUUCGGCUUCAUAUUUAUCACAUGCUGCGUCGGAGGUGCUGUUUAUCCUGCCCAAGCAGUGGUCCUGGCUGAACUCAUGGAUGUUUUCACCUACACCGGCAAGGAACUCACUAAACAGGGCGAUUUCUUUUCUCUCAUAUUCUUCAUCAUCGCUCUCGCCAACCUGAUAGUCUACUUUAUCCUCGGCUGGUGUAGCAAUGUUGUGAGCCAAGCCUUAACUCAUUUCUACCGGAGAGAAAUGUUGGAUGCACUUCUUCGACAGGACAUCCAGUUCUUCGAUCGUGCCGAAAACACCACUGGUGCUCUGACCAGUCGAUUAUCUUCGCAACCCACUCAACUGCAGGAGCUAAUGGGAUUCAACCUGUCUAUCAUCAUCAUUGUCUUCAUUAAUGUCAUUGCGAGCAGCAUUCUUGGUCUUUCUUUCGGAUGGAAGCUUGGUCUUGUCGUAAUAUUCGGCGGUCUACCUCCUUUGGUCGGCGCUGGGCUUGUACGGAUGCGGCUCGAAGCCAAAAUGAACAACGACACCGGAAAGCGAUUUGCCGACAGCGCUGCUCUCGCUGGUGAGGCCGUCGGAGCCAUUCGCACCGUCUCUUCGCUUGCACUCGAACGCAGGGUCUUGGAAAACUACCGACUAAGCGUGGAUGGCAUCGUUCGUGUGUCCAUUCCCUCAAUCAUACAUUCCAUGUUUUGGUUCGCCCUCUCGCAAUCCAUAGAGUUUUUGGUUCUUGCUCUUGGUUUCUGGUAUGGUUCUCGGCUCGUUUCUACUAGAGAAUACAGCAUGCACCAGUUCUUCAUUGUGUUUGUUGGUGUUUUCCUCAGCGGGCAAGCGGCAGCCCAAUUUUUUAUGUACACGACCAGCAUCACCAAAGCUAUUUCUGCUGGGAAUUACAUCUGGUGGUUGAGGUCAUUGAAGCCCGUCGUGACCGAGACGGAUGAAAAUAAAGACAUCGGUCCAGAUGCUGAUGCUCCGUUGGUCCUCAACGAUGUCCGGUUCUCGUAUCCUACUAGACACGACACAAAAGUGUUGCGUGGUAUCUCAAUAAGUAUCCAACCCGGCAACUUUAUCGCUUUGGUCGGUGGAUCCGGUUGCGGCAAGAGCACCAUGAUCUCAAUGUUCGAACGUUUUUACGAUCCUACGUCCGGUGCGGUACAACUAGGAAAGAACAUCGCGUCCAUGAAUCCCCGCUUGUAUCGUCGGCAGAUGGCACUCGUUCAACAAGAACCAACCCUCUACCAGGGUACCAUUCGGGAAAACAUCUCUCUCGGCCUUGAAGAUGCCAAAGACUCCUCUGAGGAGCGCAUCCUUGAAGCUUGCCGACAGUCCAACAUCUACGACUUCAUCGCUUCCCUCCCCGAAGGCCUCGACACUCUAUGUGGCUCCCGCGGAGCUUCUCUCUCCGGUGGCCAACGACAGCGCAUCGCCAUCGCGCGUGCUCUGAUUCGAAACCCCAAGGUCCUUCUGUUGGAUGAAGCCACAUCUGCUCUCGACACAGAAAGCGAGCGUGUCGUACAGACAGCGCUUUCAGAUGCUGCGAGCCAAGAGAAAAGAAUUACUGUCGCAGUUGCGCAUAGGCUAAGCACGAUCAAAGACGCAAGCUGUAUCUUUGUCUUCUUCGGAGGCAGGAUCGCUGAGUCCGGAACCCACAAACAACUCGUUGACAAGGGCGGGAUGUACUACGAGAUGUGCAAAGCGCAGUCGUUGGAUCAGGCGGUUUAA